AAAUUACAAAAUUGAAAACCAAAAAGCCAUUAUAGCCAUUAAAUUUGAAUAUUACAGGAAUAUUACUACUUUGCUUGGUAGGACUAAUUUGCUUGGUUAUAAAACAAAGUGUUCCAAUAAUUAUCACCAAAUCUUGAAAUCGCAAUGCAUAACUGUUUUGUGGAUAUCACAACAGAAUUCUUAGCUGUAGCCUUUCACAACAUUCUAUAUUACACGUCAGUUUAUCCUAAGAGUAUCUUCGACAGGCGGAAAAAGUAUAACAUCGUUGUGAACCAUUCAAUACAUCCUGAGGUGAACCAGUACAUCAACUUGUGUUUGAAGAGUAUAAGCGAGUGCUUGAAGACUGAUCAACUAGCAUGCAUCGAGUUCGCUGUCACCGACAACCAGUACAAUACGUUAUUGAAAUUUGUGUUCCAAUUUCAUCAAAACAUGAACUUUGAUGAAACUGGUGAUGCCUAUUUGGUGCAGUGCGAACAGAACCUUCGCACUUUUUGUUUAAAGUUGGCUGCUAUAAGUAAUCACUUCAAGCACUUACCUGAUGACUGCAGUUUCUCCAUAUACAUCCAUACCAAUGAGUCCAAUGCUGUUGCCAUAUCAAUCAAUCCUGAUUUCGAAGAGUUCCCGUUGGUUGAAGUCAGUGACAAGACUGAGGUGACUCAGAAAAUUAUUCCCCUCACCAGGUUUUCUAUUAGAAAUUAUGGUUUGGAUACUUUCGUAGAGAUGAAAUGAGAAAUCAAGAAUUACUGGCUUUGAGUUCACAAAACUUAAAAAAAUCACAAUCUAUUAAAAAAUGAGGACAAACUGUAAGAGAAUGGGUUAUUAAAAUAAUAAAACAAUAAUUUGGAUGGAAUGUAGACUGUGCCAACUGUCUUCUGGAAAGUGUUAUUGUAUAUGUCUAAAUCUUUAAGUGUAUAAAUAAAACACAUUUUUUAAUGUUA